AUGAGUAAGACUAGUGUUGUUUGGAACUAUUUUAAACUGGAUGAUGAAAAAAAAAGUGUAAAAUGUGGUUUGUGUCGUCUUGAAAUGAAACACAACCAAACAUCCACUUCUAACAUGAUGAGACACAUGCGUUUAAAACACUCAACAAUUGAUUUGAGCAAACGUCGUCCUGCUUCUAAUAUUCAUGCUCAAGAAAUUAAUAUUGAUGACCCUACAGCAAUUGAAAAUCAAAAUGCAUCUACUUCAUCAGUUGUUGACUCUCAAACUCACAUGGCGACGUUAAAUUUUCAUAGACCAACAGUUCAUAAUGUACAAGACACAAUUACAAGGUAUUUACCAAGACCAGUAGGGGCUUCCCGACGAACUUUGAUUGAUCAGCAAGUUUUAAGAAUGAUAGUAAAGGAAUAUUAUCCAUUCAGUAUUGUCGAAGACAAAGAGUUUGGUAAACUUUUAAAAAUGUUAAACCCCGGAUAUGAUUUACCAUCAAGAAAAACUCUGUCGACUUCGUUGCUUUCUGUUCUUUACAAUGAGACAUAUGAUAAAGUCAAGUCCGAUAUAGUAGAGAAUGGUAAUUUUGUUAGUAUCACGACUGAUGGUUGGACAUCUGUAAAGAAUGAAAGUUACAUUGCUGUUACAACACACUUUAUAAACAAUGAUUGUAAGCUUAAGUCAUACUUACUCUCUUGUUUUAUGUACUCAGAAUCACAUACUAGUGAUAAUUUAAAAAAUGAACACUUAAGAGUUAUACGCGAAUGGGGUUUGGAACAUAAGGUUUCAGCUUGCACAUCAGACAAUGCAUCAAAUAUAACAAAGGCAAUUGAUUUAUGCAAAUGGAGGCAUGUACGCUGUUUUGCUCAUAGCUUGAAUUUGGCUGUACAAAAUGCUAUAAAAGAAAUUCAAGAGGUCAAAGAGAAGGUUUCUGGUAUAGUUAGACAUUUCAAAAAAAGUUCUACUGCUGCAGGCAAAUUAAAAUCUAUCCAAGAACAACUGGGCUAUUCCCCUCCACUUGUGCUAAUCCAAGAUGUUGUCACAAGAUGGAACUCUACUUUUGAAAUGUUUCAACGAGUACUUGACUUGAAGAUUCCUCUUUCCACAGCAUUAGCAGAAACCAAUUAUAAUGAGUUUCUAUCAAAUAAUGAUUGGAAUAUUAUUACUAGAGCCUGUGAAUUAUUAAAACCAUUUAAAGAAAUCACUACUGAAAUCAGUUCUGAAAAAUCUGUGACAGUUUCAAAGAUAGUAGUACUAAGUAAAUCCCUCAUUAAAUACUGUAACAAAAUAAAAUCUGAACAUAAUACAUGCACGCAAAUUUCAAAAUUUAUUAGUGUUCUAGUUAGUGAAGUAGAUACACGGUUUAGGUCAUUGGAACUAAAUCCAUUGUAUGCCGAAUCUACAAUAUUGGACCCAAGGUUUAAAAAUUAUGGAUUCUUGCAUCAGUAUGCAUUUAGUGAAGGAAAAAAGUCCUUAAUUAGCAAAGCUACAACAGUGAAUAUUGUAAAUAAUACUCAAGAAGUCACUACAUUACCAAAUCAGACUGACGAUGAUUCCAUAUGGAAUGAUUUUGACAGUGAAGUGGGUUCAAUAGUUCAAUCUUCCAAUCCUACAGCAGCAUUUAUCAUUGAACUUGAUAAAUAUCUGCAUGAACCACUUCUGUCACGGAGAGAAGAUCCCCUGCUUUGGUGGAAG